AUGGAUGGAGCGGGAUGUUACGGAGCCCUACUCAAGCGUCGGGUAAGCAUAAAGAACCCGGAUCUUCCUAGCCGUCUCGGAUUUGCAGUGAAAAACGCGCUGAGCUCGGGGUCGCUCCGCAGCGCGAUGACGACCUGUCGCCAGUCGACGACCACGACGACGACCACGGGGAACCCGAACGGCGACUCGGUCCUGGGCGGGGGACUCCAGCGUGAGAUCCUCGGUUUCUACCACAAACUCUAUUAUGCGAACAACACGGCAGCCAAGAACGUGGCCUUGAGCAUCUCUGCGUAUUUUCCUUACCUUCUUCAACAGGAAGCGGCGGCGAAGCUGUGCGUGAUGACCCAGCUGGGCUUCGUCCAGGAUUCGCUCUUCUCGUUGCCGAACAUACUCAGCUUCUACACGACCUCGACCAUCUUCACGACGGCCGUCACAUCCUGUGUGACCAAUGCCAACGCAGUGACCGGUGACAUCUCGGCAAAGGCAAGAGAUUCCACUUAUCUUCGCAUGCAAAUCAUGCAUUCGCACUUCGAUUGCAUGAAGCUUCAAUAA